GCACUUCUACAAACACUGGUCUGCAUUGUUUUUCCUUUUGGAUUCCAGUUUUGCAACUUUUGCUGCCUGUCACAACAGACGCAUGGCAAUGAUGGAAACAAAGAACAAAAUAUGGACAUUUUUAAAGGUCAUUGUUAGCAGCGUGCUAAUUGCGGCGUUAGUGUUAUUCACUGCAGCGACUAUCAGGACUCUGUCUCUGGACGUAAAUGUCGGAUUACAACUCGCACACUGGGAAAAAUCGAAAAACAUUUCGCUGGUGAUUGACGAGCCUCACAGAGAGGAGCUGCUAGGCAAUUUCAAAGAGGCACUGAGAAUCCCCACCGUGUCAUUCUCUGACACGGAGACCAACGCCACAGCGCUGCGUCAGUUUGACACUUUCCUCCGUAAAGCCUUCCCCACAGUUUUCUCUUCAAGCGUGGUUCAUCAUGAGCUGGUGGCUAAUUACAGCCACCUGUUUCGGGUGCAGGGAUCUCAGCCUGACUUGGUACCGUACCUGCUGCUGGCCCACAUUGAUGUAGUACCUGCCAAAGAGUCAGAUGGCUGGGAGGCCCCUCCCUUUUCUGCCGAAGAGAUAGAUGACUUCAUCUAUGGCAGAGGGACCAUAGAUGAUAAGUGUUCUGUAAUGGGAAUACUGCAAGCAUUGGAAUACUUGCUGAUUAGAGGCUACGCUCCACGCAGGGGGUUUUACAUCGGUUUUGGUCAUGAUGAAGAAAUCAGGGGUUUCCAUGGAGCGAAGAACAUUGUCCGUGUGAUGAAGGAACGUGGCGUGAAGUUGUUGUUUGUCCUUGAUGAAGGCCUGGCUAUACUUGACGGAGUCAUCAGUGGACUUGAUGGACCUGCAGCUCUAAUUGGGGUUAGUGAAAAGGGCUCAGCCAAUGUGAAGCUCAGUGUGACUAUGGCGCCUGGUCACUCAUCGAUGCCUCCCAGGGAGUCCAGCAUUGGGAUCUUGGCUUCAGCGGUUAAAAGACUUGAAGAAAAUCCCAUGCCUAGGUUAUUUGGUCAUGGUCCUGAACGUGAAACCUUUGAACAUCUGGCCCACAAGUUUGGGCUUCCUCUUAAGUUCAUAAUGUCAAACUUAUGGCUCUUCUCCCCGCUCCUUGGCAGAGUGUUAGAAAGAAAGCCAGACACUAAUGCUUUUGUAAGAACAACAACAGCAGUGACUAUGUUCAAUGCAGGAGUUAAGGUAAACAUCAUUCCUUCCCUUGCUGAAGCUUGUGUAAAUCUGCGAAUCCACUCUGCACAAACACUGCAAGAGUUCUGUCUUGUCCAGGUCCUGGACUUUAUCCACGACACUGUGGGUGACCAGCGUGUGAAAAUAGAACUUAUUGAUGGCUUUGACCCACUUCCCGUUAGCUCUUCUGAUGAACGGUCGUUUGGGUUUCAAAUCAUAAAGAAAACAGUGUUGGACAUGUUUCCCACACUUACAGUAGCUCCAGGGAUUUGUGUUGGGAACACAGACAGUCGACAUUUCAAAGACCUUACCAAUGAUAUUUAUCGCUUUGCUCCAGUCUGGUUCAAACCAGGCGAUGCUCAAAGGUUCCAUGGUAUAAAUGAAAGGAUUUCCAAAAAGAACUAUGAGGAACUUAUCGUGUUUUAUUUUAAUCUUUUUCAAAAUUGUGACAUUCAAAAACUUCCUGAGUCGCACACCUCUAUUCACGAACUCUAAGGAACAAUAUUCAUUGGUGGUGGAAAGGCAGUGCAGUUUGAUAGUGAAUGUUAAGAAUACAGAUGACCUUGUUGCUGUGCAAUAAUUGUGAAUCAAGAAUGUCAAGAGGAUAAGAUAGAGAUUGUUUGGUAGAUUGCUGCCUUAAUCUAAAAAAAGAUUAUGCUUCUUUAGUUCACUGGAAGAACUAUUUCAUGAGCUGCUGUUAGCAGUGUCAUAAUUUACUUUGUAAUUUUUGUGGUAUUCACUGAGAUGACAAAGCUAUCAACACAUCUGUUUUAAUGUGCUUGUCUUUUAUCAUGUUUUUUCAUGUAAUGACUGACAUUUGUCAAAGUUUAAUAAAAUAAAUUGCAGUUAAA